CGGGAGCGCGCGCCGCAGAUCCAAGGACAGAGCGGCGCGCGCGCGCGAGCAUCAGGUCACCUGAAAGUCCUCCGUCAUCGCGAGCCCGAACAGAACCGGGAGAACCGGAGCCGAGCCGGUUUGGAGCCGAUGGAUCGGCGCUGAAGCAACAGGACGAGGCGGAACCGAGUCCGCGGGUCCGGUUCUGAACACGGACUGACACAAUACCCAACCCAGUCAUCUUUGCUGUCACCGAACCGAGCGGCACCAGAACCUCUGAGCCGGAACCGAGCAGGAGCGUGACCCGUCCAAUCCAGACCAGGAGGAGAACCGAGCCAACGGUGGAUCAACAGGAGAGCGACGGAACCAGAACCGGGACCCGGACCUGUAGCUGGAUCAUGGCGGCUCGCAGCGUGCUGCUGCUGGCCGCGCUGCACUGCUGCUCGGUGGCGCUGUGCGGCUGCGAGCCGCGCCAGGUGAACGUGGGCGCCGUGCUGAGCCAGAAGCGCUACGAGCAGGUGUUCAAGGACGCCGUGACGCAGGCCAACGACCUCUACGGCAAGGACAAGUUCAAGAUGAACGCAAUCUCCGUCACGCACAAGCCCAACGCCAUCCAGAUGGCGCUGUCCGUCUGCGAGGACCUCAUCUCCAACCAGGUGUACGCUAUCCUGGUCAGCCAUCCUCCGCAGUCCAACGAUCACCUGACUCCUACGCCUGUCUCUUACACGGCCGGGUUCUACCGGAUCCCGGUGGUCGGCCUGACGACUCGCAUGUCCAUCUACUCCGACAAGAGCAUCCACCUGUCCUUCCUGCGGACGGUGCCGCCGUACUCCCACCAGGCCCAGGUGUGGUUCGACCUGAUGAGGGAGUUCAGGUGGAACCACAUCAUCCUGAUCGUCAGCGACGACCACGAGGGCCGAGCCGCCCAGAAGAAGCUGGAGACGCUCCUGGAGGAGCGGGAGACCAAGACUAAAAACAGGAACUAUGAAAACCUCGACCAACAGAACUUUGACUUCAGGAGAACACCCAAGGCGGAGAAGGUGCUGCUGUUCAGCCAGGACACCAACCUGACGGCGCUGCUGCUGGAGGCCAAGGACCUGGAGGCCCGAGUCAUCAUCCUGUCGGCCAGUGAGGAUGAAGCCAUGGCCGUGUACAAAGCGGCCCGUCAGCUCAACAUGACCGGUUCUGGCUACGUCUGGCUGGUCGGAGAGCGGGAGAUGAGCGGGAAAGCUCUGAGCGAAGCUCCUGAUGGCUUGCUGGGCCUCCAGCUGAUCAACGGGAAGAACGAGUCGGCUCACAUCACGGACGCCGUGGCCGUGGUGGCUCAGUCCCUGCAGGAGCUGUUUGAGAAGGAGAACAUCACGGAGCCGCCGCGGGGCUGCGUGGGGAACACCAACAUCUGGCGGACCGGGCCGCUCUUCAAACGGGUGCUGAUGGCAUCGAAGUACCCGGACGGCCUGACGGGACGAAUCGAGUUUAACGACGACGGCGACCGCCGCUUCGCCACCUACAGCAUCCUGAACCACCAGAAGGCGGGGCGCGUCAUCCAGGUGGGCGUGUUCAAUGGGACGCAGGUGGUGAUGAAUCCUCAGAGGAAGAUCAUCUGGCCUGGAGGAGAGACGGAGAAACCAGUGGGAUACCAGAUGUCCACCAGGCUGAAGAUCGUGACGAUCCACCAGGAGCCGUUUGUUUACGUGAAGCCGACGCAGAGCGACGGGACGUGUAAGCAGGAGCACACGGUGAACGGAGUCGUGAUCAAGAAGGUGAUCUGUACCGGACCCAACGGAACCAUCCCAGGUCAGCCCAUCGUUCCUCAGUGUUGCUACGGUUUCUGCAUCGACCUGCUCAUCAAGCUGGCCAUGAGCAUGAACUUCACCUACGAGGUUCACCUGGUGGCCGACGGCAAGUUCGGCACACAGGAACGGGUGAACAACAGCAACAAGAAGGAGUGGAACGGCAUGAUGGGAGAGCUGCUGGGCGGCCUGGCCGACAUGAUUGUGGCGCCGCUCACCAUCAACAACGAGCGCGCUCAGUACAUCGAGUUCUCCAAGCCCUUCAAGUACCAGGGCCUGACCAUCCUGGUCAAGAAGGAAAUCCCCCGCAGCACUCUGGACUCGUUCAUGCAGCCGUUCCAGAGUACUCUGUGGCUGUUAGUCGGUCUGUCGGUCCAUGUGGUGGCAGUGAUGCUCUACCUACUAGACCGGUUCAGCCCGUUUGGAAGGUUUAAGGUGAACAGUGAAGAAGAAGAAGAAGACGCCCUGACCCUGUCCUCCGCCAUGUGGUUCUCCUGGGGAGUUCUGCUCAACUCUGGGAUCGGAGAAGGCGCCCCGCGGAGCUUCUCCGCCAGGAUCCUGGGCAUGGUGUGGGCGGGGUUUGCUAUGAUCAUCGUGGCGUCGUACACCGCCAACCUGGCAGCCUUCCUGGUGCUGGACCGGCCUGAGGAGCGCAUCACUGGCAUCAACGACCCCAGGCUGCGUAACCCGUCGGAUAAGUUCAUCUACGCCACGGUGAAGCAGAGCUCGGUGGACAUCUACUUCCGGCGGCAGGUGGAGCUGAGCACCAUGUACCGCCACAUGGAGAAGCACAACUACGAGAGCGCCGCCGAGGCCAUCCAGGCGGUCCGAGACAACAAGCUCCACGCCUUCAUCUGGGACAGCGCCGUGCUGGAGUUCGAGGCGUCGCAGAAAUGCGACCUGGUGACGACGGGGGAACUGUUCUUCCGCUCCGGCUUCGGCAUCGGCAUGAGGAAGGACAGUCCCUGGAAGCAGAACGUCUCUCUGGCUAUUCUCAGCUCGCACGAGAACGGCUUCAUGGAGGAUCUGGACAAGACGUGGGUUCGCUACCAGGAGUGCGACUCCAGGAGCAACGCCCCCGCCACACUCACCUUUGAGAACAUGGCAGGUGUGUUCAUGCUGGUGGCUGGCGGCAUCGUCGCUGGGAUCUUCCUCAUCUUCAUCGAGAUCGCCUACAAGCGGCACAAAGACGCGCGCAGGAAACAGAUGCAGCUGGCCUUCGCCGCCGUCAACGUGUGGAGGAAGAACCUGCAGGAUAGGAAAAGUGGUAGAGCAGAGCCAGAGUCCCAAACCUCUUUUAGGUCCAUCACUUCGACCUCCGACCUCAAACGCCGUUUGGCCCCCGGGGACGCCACGCCGUACCCAACGGACAUCACCGGCCAGCUCAACCUAUCGGAUCCCUCCGUCAGCACGGUGGUCUGAGAGAGAGAGGCGCAGAGGGCGAGCAAGCUGCACUGCUGCUGCUGAGCCACACACAAACACACACACACCUUAUGUCUUUCUAUCUUCACGAGGACUUUGCAUUAACUUCCAUUAAUUUAUCAUGCAUUUCUGUAGCCUGACCCAAACCUUAAGACAGCACUGCUCCUCAUGGAGUCCCGGGCUUUGGGCCCCAUGAGGAGCAGUGGGUCCUCACAAUGUAGGGAAAAUGGUCCUUACAAGGUGAGAAGUCCUGAAACACACACACACAUAUGCUCACACAUGUUGGUGUGGGGACAUUUUGGAAAAUGUCCCCACACCAACAUGUGUCCCCAUAAGGACAGGUUACCCUACGGUCCUCACAGUCAUAGCAAUGCACACACACACCCCCACACACACGCAUGCACACACACUCACGCAUUGCUCCACUUGUAGCCACCAGCUUCCUGCAACCACUCUUUUAUUUUGAAAUAAGUUGUACAGUUCUGUUUCCUGUUUCCUCUCACACACAUAUCAAACGUCCUGACCAGUUCCAGAACCAGCUUAGACUGGUUUUAAUGGUUAUAGCUCAUCAAUCCAUCAAUGCUGGUUCCUUUAAAUGUAACAAACACUUCCCUGCUGUGACCAAUCAAAUUCCUGGGCUUUGCUAAGUGGGUGGAGCCUCUGAAGAAGGAAGGAAGCAGCUGUUUCCUCUCCAGUCAGCCUGCAGCGCCACCUUCUGGUCUGGGAGCGCGUUCCUCAGCAUUCAGGAAUAAUUCAUCGUUAACUGAGAUAAAAAUAAUAUUUAUCCCUCAAACUGCAGCGUCUGGCUGUCGGUUAAAUUCAGGUCACCGAUGUUUCCAGUUCAGAGCUGCACUGGAGGAAAUCACACAAAAUUACAUUUCUGCUUCUUUAAUGUUGAAAAUUCCCAGAUUUUGGGCGUGCCGUGGUGGCACAGGGGACAGUGCGGCCCACGUUUGGAGGCCUUGAGUCCUCGACGCGGCCGUCGUAG